AUAUCUCGUCUGAACACCGUUUGUAAAUGAUAGGAGCUGAUACACUUUUUGUUGGAAAUCAUGAUCAACGAGACAAAUUUCUCUCCUGACUGCGCUGAGCGUUAUUCUGCGACUCAUUACACUAAAAAUGGUACACGUCGCAUCUCCGUUCAGGCAUGCGGUUUCUGGAGAAAAAUAACCCGAAGAGUGACCCGGCUACUCCACCGCGAGAAAAGUUCACGCACGACGAACUUCGGAAGAAGCCGAACACUGCCGAAUCGGGAGGAGAGGGCAUUUCGGAGGCCCGCUGCCAGUGGGCACACGAGCGGUGCCGAGAGAAGCCGAAAAGCUUUAGCUCCGCCCACAACAUCAGCAGAUCAAGAGCCCGACUCGGGAGGAGCGGGGAAAGAGGGAAUUCGGAGUGCGGCUGUCUAAAGAUCCGUACGCCGAUUCCGCCGAGUGGUAGAUGCGGGUCCGAAUCAGAGCGCGUCGCCGUGAGAAUUAAGAAAGAGAAAUCACGGGGGACCUGGCUGGCUGGCAGAAAGCGUGGAUAGCACAGGCUGAGCGGACGCCGCGUCUUGUCGGUUCGGAGCCAUGGGGAGUAGGGAAAGGAUUUAUUGAUCCGAACCAGCUAGCUACAACGUUAGCGAGUUAGCUAGCUCACGGCUAGUUACUGGUCUCCGCUGGUUACCAGUGCGUCCCAUUGCCUGGACUGGGUAAAUUCCUGCUGGCUGGGGAGCAGAGGUCAAUCGACGGAUUAAGAACUUGUUAAAACUUCCAGUGCAAGAAGUCCUGGUAGCCGUAAUUGGGAAAUAGUUUUUUUGAUUCAUUUUCGUGAAAUUCUUCCAGGCUACGUCCAGUUUUAGGUUUUUUUUGGAGGAGAUCCGACCCAUUUUGUGCUUGAAGUGAAUACAACCUGGCCAAGGUUUAACUGAGAAAUCUGUUUUCGGUAUUUUAAGAAUUUUAUUUAUUUGUAUCAUUAUUUUUGGACGUGGAAAAUGGAUGCGGGUAUAGAGAAGGAGUGCAGCGCUUUAGGAGGGCUCUUCCAGACCAUCAUGAACGACAUGAAGUCUAGCUACCCAGCCUGGGAGGACUUUGUCACUAAAGGAGCUAAGCUGCAGUCCCAGUUAAGGACAACCAUCCUCGUCACGGGAUCGUUCCUGGAUGCCUUUCAGAAGGUAGCGGACAUCGCCACGGGGACGCGAGGAGCUACUAAAGAGAUUGGUUCUGCUCUGACAAGAAUGUGCAUGCGACACCGAAGCAUCGAAUCCAAACUCAAGCUCUUUACUACAGCACUUACAGAGAAUCUCAUCACACCCCUGGAGCUGAAAAUCGAAGAGUGGAAGAAGGUGGCAAGUCAGCUAGACAAGGACCAUGCCAAAGAAUACAAGAAGGCGAGGGCAGACAUCAAGAAGAAGUCCUCUGACACAGUGAAGCUUCAGAAGAAAGUGAAGAAGGGGAAGGAUGAUGCAAGAAUGCAGCUGGAUAAUGCCCUACAGGACGUCAACGUGAAGUACGCUGUCCUGGAGGAAACGGAGAAGAAGGCCGUGUGCCGUGCGCUGAUUGAGGAGCGCAGUCGUUUCUGCUCCUUCGUCAGCAUGCUGCGGCCCGUGCUGGAUGAGGAGAUAGGGAUGCUGGGAGAAGUGACGCACCUGCAGAGCAUCCUGGAGGACCUGAGCGUCCUCACUGCCGAGCCCAACAAGCUGCCCCCUGCCAGCGAACAGGUGAUCCUGGACCUGAAGGGGUCGGACUACAGCUACCAGACGCCGCCCGCUUCACCGAGCAACACCAUGUCCCGUAAGAGCAGCAUCAGCAGUAACUAUCAGUCUACCUCGGUCCGCCACGUUCCCUCCCUGGACUCCAUCUCCAGUGCCGUGGAUGGGAUCCACCUCCGUCCCCCAUCUGCCCACCUGCCUGAGCCAGGACAGCGUGCCCCCUCUCAGCGCGGCCCCCCCCAGCGUGCCCCCAGUCCCAUGCUGCGCUGCGAGGGCUGGGAAGGACCCCGUGCCCCAAGCGAGGGCGGCACUGGCACUAUGGCCCGGCCCGGCACGGGGACCCGCCGGAGCGCCGUGAGCUCGUGUGGCUCCGCCCCUGGCUGCCAGCGGCCCCGUCAGGAACAAGGUAUGAUGAACAACGUGGCCCCCCGGCCGGGACAGGGCGGCCCCACCGCUGAGAAUGGUACUGGCGUGCCCCCCCCAUACGGCGCCUACCCCCACCACGGGGAGAGAACCCGGGCCCUGUCCACAUCCAGCAAGCCACAGACGGCGCGGGAGCAGCUGGCGCUGACGCUGAGCAGUGGGCUGAACUCGGAGGCGCCGCACACCAGCCACGACUCGCUGCACUGCUCCAGUGGCUACAGCACGCAGACCACCACGCCGUCCUGCUCCGAGGACACCAUCCCCUCGCACGCUAUAAAGAAAGAUCCUCCUCUUUAUGAUUACGACUACAUCUCCCUCCACGGUGGGGAGGAGACGCACAACCAGCCCAACUUCGAUAAGUCCUCCACCAUCCCCCGGAACAGCGACCUGAGCCUCAACUACCGCCGCAUGUUCCAGGCCAAACGGCCGGCCUCCACUGUCAGCCUGCUGGCUGACCCCGAGCCGCUGCCGCGACCCCCUCACGUGGCCACCAUCCGUCGCAAGCCCUCUAGCAAGCCGGCCUUCCGCCGUGGCACCAUCAGCGGCGUGCCCAUCCCCAUCAGCACCCCCCAGGUGCCGGGGGGCGGUGGCGGUCGCUCGGACCUGGGCCAUGGCAGGCCCAGCCUGUGCGUGUCCACGCAGAGCCUCAGCGCCGCCUCCUCGCCGUACUGCUCCCUCAUCCCCGGGCAGCCUGUGAUGGUUCAAGUGGAGCAGCUGCACCAGUUUUCCAAACAGCAGCAGCUGCACCACCUACAUCAGCAACAUCAGCACCAGCAGCCGUUACCAUGGCAGCAUCAGCACAAACAGCAUGAGCAGCAGCUCCAGUCGUACGCCCUCUCCAACCCGGCUGGCAGCCCCGUGGAUAGCAGUCCCUGCCCGCACCCCUCUGUCAUCCAGCCGACCCCCCCUGCAGUGCUGGCAGAGGCGGGGCCAGAGCCCCCCGUAGGCGGAGACAUGCUGAGCAUGAUCCGCCGCGGGGUUAAGCUCCGACGGACUGUGUCCAACGACCGCUCUGCUCCGAUGUUGACUCCCGGUCCCUAUAACUGAUGCCACGCGCCACCUCCCCCCUCCGUGGAGACACGGUACUCUCUACAUCUCCCUCUCCACUGCGGUCUCCUCCUCGACUUUCCCACCGGGACUUCAGCUUCCUCCUCCACCCUUGAAGACAACCUGCCGUUCAGAGUCAUCACCCGGCGACGGGGGUUUGCUCAGUUCUCUGUGUGACCUAAUCACGCCUCGCGCUGCAAAACUGAAACUCAUCUGGAAUAGAGACAUCGUGCUUAUUUAGCGUAUAGAGUCUUAAUAAUACGUCAUUGCAGACGCAGGACAUCUGUAUAUAUCACCAUCGUAUACAGGAAAUGUAAUCGUACUUAGUUUUGGUGUCUCCGCGCAGACGAGGCGCACUGCCUGUUUCGUACUGGGUUGCCACGGUGGCAGGCAGGAGGGCUGAUCAUUCGCUCACGCCUGGGUUCAGUUACAGGUCAAUGAAAGGGCAGGAUUAAAGAAUAGGGGGUGACGCCAGUGGUAGAACCAGGGCUCUGACACUGCGAGCAGCUGGAAGGGGCUGCUGUGGGCUCGUGCCAAACUGGACCCAGUACCAGCGUUCCUUGUUUGGAGAAGGUUCAGCAGUUAUGUUCUCUUCUAUAGGUAUAUUUUCAUAUGUAUUACCAGUUCUUCAUUUCUCAGUUCAGUUCUGACUGCUUCCUUUCCAGUAGGAAGUUGACCUGAUGGCAACUACAUGGUGCUUGCUGGGGGGGGGGCAGGUCAGGACAGCUGAGCCGGGGGCUCCUUGGCUGGUCUGGUGCCCCUAGAAGGAUUCUGAAUGGUGUCAGAGGUCAGGUUGAUUAGCCCUAAAACUGAUUUUAAUAUAGCUUGGUGGUACCUUCCGGGGCUGGUGAUGUUGGAGAUGUUGUGGCCUUUUUUGGUCAUAUGUUAUUCUGGGUUCUGAAGAAUGACCUGGAUGGUUUUACUGCUUCUGCUACUUGAGGGUGUGAGAUGCUUUUCUGAGCUGCAUUUUCUGAUUUCUAGAUGAAGGGUUUUUAUUUUAAUGGGAGUUCCUGUGUUAUGAGUGGGUCGUCAUCUACCUUUCAGGUAUGCCUUACCCCCCCCCCCCCCCCGUGUGAUAUGUUUGAGGGUGGGGGAAGCCACACAGUGCCACGCUUAAUGGCCCCACGUGACGUCAGAGGUGACAAACAUUCAUCUCCCACCCUUAGGUAUUAAUACACGGACCAGUCACAGCCAAGUGAUUUUUCUAAGAAUUGUGUUUAUUCUUUCUGCCCGAUUAACUGAGAAUACUUUUUUGACAUUACUUAAUUCUAACGAAUUCUUGUUAGAACGAAGUUCAUGAACUUAUUAGUUUUAUUUAAUGCAUAUUGAAGUAGACCUGGUUGGGGUGACUCAAGGCUUUUUGGGAUUCAUGGUAAAAUUGUGUUCAGAGAAGUUAGGUGGUUUGUAAACACCCCCACCCCCCACCCCGGCCACUGCCGCCUGGCACUCCAGUCUCCCUUCUGGAUCCAAAAGGCUCAGUACUGCUGGGCCCGUUCUGAGAUGGCAUGAUUCUGCCGGUACCAGUCCAAACCUCACCCUAUUUGAUUUCACUCAGGAUGCGAGUGGAAUGAACCAGUAAGAAUCUUGGGUUACCACUGUGGGAUUCUGUGUAGUGGACCAACACUGAUUUAUAUAUAUGACCAACUCUUGGGAAGUAUUUUUAAACCCCUCAGGCAAAAAUAAAAGUACACUGCCCUUAAAAUAUGGGGGAUAUGUUCCUUCAGACCACAAAGUUUUCUACUGUUUAGUUAUUUUUUUAAAGUAAUUGACAGUUGCUAUUGAAUUUGGUGUGAUAGAUGUCCCCUUCUUCGUGUGAUUGGGCGUGCUUAUGCUUACAUUCAGGCGGCGUUCGGUCGCUGUGGAGACACCCAGCUGGCCUGGGAUUUUCUUCACCUGUGACGAUUGCCCUGCCCCUUAUUGUCUCUGACAAAAAGGACACUUGAUCUUCAGUCACACCUAUUGCCUGCGUGAUCUCUACCAAGCCACACCUCUCACCGCCGUCUGGCCCGGGACUGCGGGGGUCUGGCUCUGCCGCUUCACGCUUUGUGUCUCCCUUAUUAUGAAGUCUUUGAAGGGCUAUCAGGUGGCAGUUAAAGCCGGUCCCUAUGUAACUCUCCCAUACCUCUCAUCUGCAGAGUUAUUGUGUAAGUGCUCCAUGCACCUUAACAGUAAGACGCAGUAGAUUUUGGAUCUCGUCUGUUUGGAGUGAGCCGGACUUAUGGCCCCAUCAUCAAUGCUGCUUCCCACCCCAGUCGGUCUGCAGGCACAAUGGACUGUAGAUACAGCCCCCCCCCCCCUUCAUUUAAGAAAAGAAACCUUUACUGUACAUAUUAAAGGUCUGUGUUCGUUUUUAUUUAUUGUUUUUUCGAAUAGUUUCGCGAGAGGCUUCUGUAUCUCAGAUCGGCGAGUCGGAUGGAACUGUACACAUUAUUGGAAAAUCCCCCUCCCACCCCCACCUCGUCAUGGGAUAUUGGAACGUGCUGGGCAGCUCCCACUGAACAGGGAUUUGCAGGUCAACGCAGCAGGGAGCCCCGGCCAGGGACUGGAGGACUCAGUCGACACCGGACCGGUCCACUUUACCAAAGAGGGUGAUCGUCACCCGGUCCAACGAAGAACAUGGUCUUAAUGGGAUAAAUAAUUUGCAUUUAAACUGUUCAAAACUGGUUGUUUUCAUUGAAUUCUUUCCCUUGGCUGUGGAAAGCAAAUAUAUUUACAUGCUUCUAUGUAAAAUGGCAGAGACUAGAGAGUUGAGAGAGAUCAAGGUGUUGGCAAUGUAUUUAGAUCAGCUUCUACUGUAUCAGUCUUGGGUGUUUUUUUUUUGGGAGUUGAUCUCUCAUUGUAAAUCAUCAUUGUACAUUGCGGACAUUUAAAUUCUGUCUCUGUAGUAAAGAUAGAGCUUUAACUGAAUUUUUUUAAAUACAGAAAGUGGGAAAAAGUUGACUGUUCUUACUUUUAUUUGCUAAAAGAAAUCAGCUGUUCUUUGUAGCCUUUAAUCUUUUUUUCUCAAUCAGUGGCAACAAACAAGCUAAUCUUAUCUGGAAAGGUUAUAUUCAGAUUUUAUUUUUAUGUGAAGGUUAUCGGCCAUCCUUUUGGUUAUCGUUUAGUAGAUUUUUUUUGUGUUCUGUGUGACUCGGCACCAUAAAUACAUUUGUUGUGCUGUUCAGUGACACCUGAUCACCAGACUGGAGUGAUCUCAUGUGGCCUAAAUACAGAUUUAGAGGUUUGUUGCA